AUGUUAAUCUGGUUUAAACCAUUUAUACUGUAUUCCAAAAAACUUUUUGUUUAGAUCUAGAAAUUCGAAGAGGAUUAAAUGGUAAUUUUUUAUCCUAUAUCACAAAGGUUUGGCUUAGAUUUUAUUUUCGUUGCUACAAUUAUUCAUUGCAGGCAGCCCUUUCUCUAUUCUAAUUUUUCCAGUGCCUUCAUCUUUUUUGA